UCCGGAGAUCUGGGCUCCUUCUUUUGCCGGACACUCCUACGCAAGCAGCCAACCACAUCCGCCUUGCCGCCCAAUAGUGAGCAUCCCAGUGGGCGGGGCGAGCUUCUAGUGAGGCCUUUUCGACAGAACAACAGACUAGAAGGAAGACUUUUGCGUCGGUGCUCGUCGACUCGUUAGUGGUCCUUGUUGUCUUGUUAUCUACAGCUCGGCCGGCAGUUCGUUAAGAAAGCAGCUGUCACAAGUUGCACCAUGGAUGCUCAUCUUGUUCAGGCAAAGAAGACGUCGACGGCGUCUGAAUUGUCAGACUCGUCGCUCACGUUCCCCUUCAUCGGUGACUAUUUGUCGAGUCCUUCGCUCACAACUUCCGACUACGUGUCUGAUUGCUCCAACUUGACUGUUGAGGGUCCAGUUCCUGCCAAUCAAGAGUUCUCGUCGUCCGACGAGUCGUCAGUCUACAUUUCAAGUGCUCUAAGGCUAGCUGAUUAUGCCUUUACUCCAGAUGAUAAUAUUCGAAUCAAGCCUGAUGCGGUAAUCGUCAUAUGCACACAAUGUCAACAUCAGAUUCAAGACAAGUUUUUUCUAAGCAUCGAUGGAAGAAACUACCACGAAAAUUGUCUUCAGUGCAGCACAUGCGAAAACCCAUUGAGCAAUAAAUGUUUCUACAAAGACAAAACGUUUUACUGUAAAGGAUGUUAUUUCCGAACGCAUGUCACAUCAACCGCUUCCAGUUGCAGAGAACUUGGACCCAAGUGUGCAUCUUGCGAUCGUACUAUUCAGGCGACUGAUUGGGUACGAAGAGCAAGAAACUAUGUAUACCAUCUUGCGUGUUUUUCGUGCAACCAGUGCAAAAGACAAUUGAGUACAGGGGAAGAAUACGCACUUCAAGAGGGCAAUCUUCUCUGCAAACAGCACUUUUUGGAACUUGUUGAAGGAGACAGUGGGGUGUCUAGUCAGAAAGCUAAGACUAAAAGGGUUCGGACCACUUUUGCGGAAGAUCAAUUAUCGGUUCUUCAGACAUAUUUCAACCGGGACAGUAAUCCGGAUGGUGCUGAUUUGGAAAAGAUUGCCUCCAUGACAGGACUGAGUAAAAGAGUGACCCAGGUGUGGUUCCAGAAUUCACGAGCUCGUCAAAAGAAAUGGCAUCAAAAAUCCGAAGGUGACAAUGGAGAUAGCCAGAGGUCAUCUGUGGGGCCUUCCAGUCCUAGUCAAAAAUCGGAUAGCAGCAGUGAAAUGAUGUAUCCAACUUCUGUAACUACAAGCGUGGAAGAUGCAAUUCCGGACUCAAUCGUUAUUCUGGGCUCACUACAAUUCGAUUGAAAAACAAUCUCAUCCGACUUUCCUCAAUUUCAAAAAUAUAUCAUCGCUUUCUCGGCUAACUUAGAGUUUAUCUUUCCUGUGGAAAAUACGCUUGCUUCUAAUUUGAUAAUUUUUUCUGGUCAAAACGAAUCUCACCUCUCCCAUUAUCUAAAUCUAAAUUCCCAUGUCUCAAAACUACGUAUCAAGAUUUUAAAACUUGAUACCACAGUGCAGCUAUGUAUGUGACAUGUACAUUUGCAUUGUCCCCCCCUGUUCUCUUAAUUUCCUAUUAUACAAGUUAUGAUACUCGAUUAAAUUACAGUCUCCUCCAUUCUGCUUAGUUUUGAAUAAACCUAACCAUCUUUGAAAA